UCUCUAACUCGGUGUCUGAGACGGCCCGAGCCGAAGCUGGCACGUCCACACCACACACCUGAUAACUGCGUUGUAUCACUCCACGAUUUGAUCCACGGCGCCAAACUCCUCACGACAAUAUGUCGACAUCUGCACCAAAGCAUCUCAUACUUGUAUGCUGCCAUGCAAUCUACACUGGUGGGCCAACACGUGGCUUGAACGAACAGGAAUGGCUUCUCGCCCCUUUUCAGCUUGGCGAAACCCCCACGUUUAUCGAGCAUAUCAGAGCGGCCUUGAGUCUCCUAACUUUGGAUCCAGAAUCUUUACUUGUUUUGUCGGGAUCAAAAACUAGACGAGAGACAGAUAAAUCUGAAGCAAAGUCCUACCUCGAUCUGUGCGAAGACAAUGACUUUUGGGAUAUUCUUCACAAGGACGGAGAAGAACGGAAGAGAGUGAUACUAGAAGAACAGGCUUUGGAUAGCUUUGGAAAUUUGAUCUUCGGUUUAUUGGUGUUUUGGAAAAGGACCAAGAGAUGGCCGUUGAAAGUCUCCAUUGUUAGUCACGAGUUUAAGAGGAGGAGGUUUCUGGAUCUACAUGUAAGGGCUUUAAGAUACCCGAAGGAGAGCGUGGUGUUCGUUGGUAUUGAUCCUAGUUAUAUGAGACAAGGAAGUAGGGACUACGAUGAAGCGAGAACUAGGAGCGUGGUGGGUGGUGAGAUGGAAAGAGGAUUUAGAGAAUGGGAGAAGGAUCUCUCAGGCGUAGCUAUGGUGCUGAGAGCGAAGAGAGUGGGAAGGAAUCCCUGGAGCGCAAGUCAGGUUUGGUUCGAGAGUGAUGAAGAGAGACUGGAGAGCGGUGUCAGAAGCAAGGUAGUCGAGUUUGAGCACAUGGAUGCCCAAAGAGGGGCCAUAAAGGUCACUGAAGAAGUUCUGAUUGAAGGAAGGCAGCCCUGGGAAAUGGGAGAAGUACCAUAGAGUGGUUGCCAGUAUUCUCAUAUUGAUCUAUAUCUUUGGUGCUGGUUUACGAGAUGAUGCCAGGAGGUUGCUCACAAACCUCGUGGUGUCUUCAACCAUGCCCUUGCUAUAUGCGUGCCCAACUCCGCUAUAGACGUUGUCUUCAAUGUAUACAUCACCAUCCUUGUACCAGCCACUCGUUGCUUGCUUGAGAAACGUCAAGAAAGGUUCCGAACAAUGGUACGGGACCAGUUUGUCGUCGCCUCCCGAACAGACAAGUAUAUGCUUCCCUUUGAGUGUUGCAUCAAGAAGUGCCUUUACGCGAUUCUGUUCCUUGUCUGAAAUGUUACCCUUGAUAUCUGCGGCACCAAACAGCAUUGCUUUAGGGUCCCCAUUCUCACAACUCGAAAUGAGUGCUUUCGGGAAAUCGGUACUGCCAAAGAAAUCGAUGCC